AUGAGCGUACUACGCUCACCGACUGGAAGUGGCACUGAUGUCAGUUUCGGAGGUUCUCAGCCAAACUUGUCAGUAGUAGAUUCGGGCGCUCCUCCACAGAUCACAUUUCGCAAACGGAAGCUGUUUGACGACAAUGAUCCAAUUAGAGCUGAAUUAUCCGAAAUUCGAAAACAAAUGUCCGAGAUGAUGGCCAUUCUAACAUCUGUUAAAAACAACCAAACGGACAACACCAAUAAACUUUAUGAAGAAGUAACGUCUAUAAAAAACCAUAUAAAUGCCAUAAAUAACACAAUGGAGAAAAUUGCAGUUGAAAAUAACUAUCUUAAAACUAAACUGAUAGGUUUGGAAACUAUCACCGAAAACUCUCAGAAAAAAAUUAAUCUUUUAGAAGCGGAUGUUAAUAAGCUUAAAACCUCACCUCCUAUAGCUUCAGCUGCCCAAGGACUCCAACCACACAUAACUUACGAAGAAAUGGUAAAUGAACUACAAGAGCGGAAGUUAAGAUCCAAAAAUAUCAUAAUACAUGGAAUAGUUGAAAGUACCAUAAAGUUGGCCGCCGAACGACAAGAAUAUGACAAAAAAGAGACUUCAAAAAUAACUAAACAAAUUUUUGCUGACUGUCCCCAAUCAGAAAAAACAUUCCGUCUUGGAAAAUACAAACCAGGCCAUACGCGAGCAGUUAAAGUGUGUUUUAACUCAUCGGAUAUACCAAAAAUAAUUCUACGCAACAAAAACAAUCAUGAUUUAGCCAACAUCAAAAUAUACGCCGAUCAAACUCUCAUCCAGCGAAAAUACUUGCAGACCUUAAUAGAUGAGCUCCAUAAACGUAAUUCUAAUGGAGAGAUAAAUCUUCGAAUCAAGUACAUCAAAGGUAAAAUCACCUACCAAGUCAUAAACAAAUAUACAGAUGUUGAAUAUGAUAAGAAGUCGCUAAAAUUCUUCUACGUUAAUGCUGGGAGUAUCGUACGGCCCGGCAAAUUUGAUGAAUUACAAUGUAUUCUUGCAUCCUUUCAAACUUCCAUGCACAUGAUCAUACUUACUGAAACCUGGUUUAAAAAUGAAGAGAUGGCCAAAAGAUUUCAAAUACCAGAGUACACACAUUACUAUAACUUCAGAAAAGACAAACGAGGAGGUGGAGUUUCUAUCUUUGUACAUAACAACUUAAAGCACCACCCAGUGGAAGACUACUGCAUUCAACAUAAACACUACCUAUGGAUACAUGUUAGCAAGUUUUGUUUGGAUAUCGGUGCCAUUUACAACCCUGAUAAAUCCAAUAUGGCUGACUUUAUCGAGACCUAUUCCCACCAAUUAGCCACCAAAAGGAGAGCUAUAGUUUUUGGAGACUAUAACCUUGACCUUUUGGAUCCAAAUAAUUUAUAUACUCGAAAAUACAAGGACACGCUAAAAGAAAAUGGCUUCAAGAUAUUGAAUAAAAUCAACGCAAAGUACUGUACACGUGAAACGACGACAACCAAGACCAUUAUAGAUCAUGUUUGUUCUAACUUGAAAGACAAUGAUUUUCAUUUUGCUAUCAUAGAAUCUGCGAUGUCAGACCAUAAACAAAUAUUCUUUGAAGUAAAACGUUACCAACCUACUCCUCUCAAGAAAACCAACUAUACUGCCAUUGACUACACUAAACUGUAUAAGUAUAUUGAGGACAACCCUGUAAAUACAGAGAAAAAGGUGUACGAGAGACUUCAUGAGAAGAUACUUCUAGCUCUAAGUAAGAGCAAAAUUAUUAAAACUAAAACACUGAAUCCACCACAGAUAGAUUGGAUCAAUGGCGAUAUUAUCCAGGCUAUUAACAACAGGAACAAACUAUGGAAGGCUUUUAAAACAAAUGCAUCAAACUUAGAACUAAUGAGAGAUUACGAAAAAGCUAGGGUAGAAACAAUUCGAAAAGUACAGAAGGCAAAAAGUGAAUAUUACCUAAAAUGUUUUGAAGAACGUAUGACAAAGCCUCGUAAAUUGUGGAAACUCAUCAACGACCUUUCCAAAAACAAAAUAAAAGAUAACAAUGGGCCGGACAAACUCGUAAUUGAUACUAACACUGUCACAGAUGAACUUGAAAUCAGCGAACAACUCAAUACCUACUUUUCAACUAUUGGCUCAGCUUUAGCAAACCAAAUUCCGAAUAAAUAUAAAACUAAUAGAUACGACACAGGAAACAUAGCUGUAAUUAGUGAUGCAACUGAACUAAACCAUUUAAAACCGACAACUACUGAUGAAAUAAUAAAAAUAAUAGAUAAAUUGGAUCCCAAUACUGGCUCUGGUAUCGAUGGUAUAAGCACUAAAGCGAUUAAAUGUAUCAAAAACUUAAUAUUAGAAGAACUAACGUUUUGCAUCAAUGAAAGUUUUGAAAUUAGCACUUUCCCUAGUAGCCUAAAGAUAGCCAAAGUUAUUCCUAUCUAUAAAUCUGGCAACAGGUUUGACCCUUGUAAUUAUCGUCCAAUUUCGGUACUUCCAGUUAUCUCUAAAAUUUUCGAAAAAGUGAUCUACAUACGCCUGGAAACCUUCUUAAAAUCAAAAGACUUUUUUUAUAGUAGACAAUAUGGUUUUCGUCCACUUUCAAAUACUCUUUCGGCCACUAUUGAUUUAAUCACCAAAAUUAAGAAUAAAAUUGAUCAAAAACAAAUAGUGCUAGGCAUCUUUAUUGAUCUUAAAAAGGCGUUUGAUACAAUAAGCCACGAGAUAUUAUUACAGAAACUCUUUAAUAUAGGUAUUAAAGACAAAGCGCUAAGAAUAUUAACAUCUUACUUAAGCGGCCGUGAGCAAAUAGUAAAAAUCGGGCAACAUCACAGCUCUCCUAAGUAUCUUACUUAUGGAGUUCCUCAAGGUUCAAUCUUGGGACCACUUUUGUACUUAAUUUAUAUCAAUGACAUAUCCCAAAUUGGACUUAAGGGCGAUAUUUCACUUUAUGCAGAUGAUACAUGCCUAUUUUAUUACGGCCAUUCUGUCGAUGCUAUGAAACCCCAAAUUCAGAAUGAUUUAAAUAUGUUAAAUGAUUGGUUCCAACAUAAUUUACUAACUAUAAAUACCAAAAAAACAAACUAUGUCAUUUUUGCAGCCAAAAACAAAAAAAUAAUUGAAAAAUAUACCACUGAUCAUAAAUAA